AUGCCCUCUUCCAUCGCCACCCACCUCCUCAAAGCCGCCGCCGCAAAGCCCCUCUUCUCCCCCCGCGCGGCCCAGAUCCCCGCGCUCCCCCGCUCGCCCGCCGCCCGCCGCCCGCCCGCGCCCACCGCCGCCGCCUGCCGCUGGUUCCGGUGGCCGUCGCCCGCGAGGGGGCUCUGCUCCUCGCCGCAUUCCGGCCCUGCCGAGGGGAUGGGAUCUGACGGGACGGGGGCCAGGAGGCGGCUGCCGCCAGCCAACGGUGUGUCCAAGGAAGUGGCGCCGCUGCCCCAGCCCGUCCAGCCCAGGCUGCUCACGCUGCCCACCGUGCUCACCAUUGGCCGCGUCGCCGCCGUCCCGUUCCUCAUAAGCACUUUCUACAUGGAUGGUCCUUGGGCAGCAACUGCCACAACUGGCAUCUUCCUUGCUGCAGCGAUCACUGAUUGGCUAGAUGGUUAUAUUGCGAGAAAGGUAUGCAUUUGGGAACACCUUUUGGUGCAUUUCUUGAUCCUGUGGCCGACAAGGCUUAUGGUAGCUGCGACACUAGUGUUGCUGUGCACCAAACCUUUGGAAACUUCACUGCUCACGAAUGGACCAUGGCUUCUGACAGUUCCUUCCAUUGCCAUCAUUGGGAGAGAGAUCACAAUGUCAGCUGUUAGAGAGUGGGCUGCGUCUCAGAAUACCCAAGUUCUUGAGGCUGUGGCAGUAAACAAUUUAGGGAAGUGGAAGACAGCGACACAGAUGACAGCAUUGACUCUGCUCCUUGCCAGCAGAGACCCGAGUCUACAUGUACAAGGUGCUCUAGUCCCCCCUGGUGUUGCGUUGCUCUAUGCAUCUGCUGGACUUGCCAUAUGGUCCCUAGUGGUGUACAUCAGAAAUAUAUGGCGGAUACUUCUAAAAUAG